AUGAGCGCAGCGUUCCCGCCGUCGCUGAUGAUGAUGCAGCGCCCGCUGGGGAGUAGUACCGCCUUCAGCAUAGACUCGCUGAUCGGCAGCCCGCCGCAGCCCAGCCCCGGCCAUUUCGUCUACACUGGCUACCCUAUGUUCAUGCCCUACCGGCCGGUGGUGCUGCCGCCGCCGCCGCCGCCGCCGCCCGCGCUGCCCCAGGCCGCGCUGCAGCCGGCGCUGCCGCCCGCGCACCCUCACCACCAGAUCCCCAGCCUGCCCACCGGCUUCUGCUCCAGCUUGGCGCAGGGCAUGGCGCUCACCUCCACGCUCAUGGCCACGCUGCCCGGCGGCUUCUCCGCGUCUCCCCAGCACCAGGAGGCGGCGGCUGCCCGGAAGUUCGCGCCGCAGCCGCUGCCUGGCGGUGGCAACUUCGACAAGGCGGAGGCGCUGCAAGCCGACGCGGAGGAUGGCAAAGGCUUCUUGGCCAAGGAGGGCUCCCUGCUUGCCUUCUCCGCGGCCGAGGCUGUGCAGGCGUCGCUCGUCGGGGCUGUCGGAGGGCAAGGGAAAGACGAGUCAAAGGUGGAAGACGACCCGAAGGGCAAGGAGGAGAGUUUCUCGCUGGAGAGCGAUCUGGACUACAGCUCGGAUGACAAUCUGACUGGCCAGGCGGCUCACAAGGAGGAAGACCCCGGCCACGCGCUGGAGGAGACCCCGCCGAGCGGCGGCGGCGCGGGCAGCACCACGUCCACGGGCAAGAACCGGCGGCGGCGGACUGCCUUCACCAGCGAGCAGCUCCUCGAGCUAGAGAAGGAGUUCCACUGCAAAAAGUACCUCUCGCUGACAGAGCGCUCACAGAUCGCUCACGCCCUCAAACUCAGCGAGGUGCAGGUGAAAAUCUGGUUCCAGAACCGCCGGGCCAAGUGGAAACGGGUGAAAGCCGGCAAUGCCAAUUCCAAGACCGGGGAGCCCUCCAGGAACCCCAAGAUCGUCGUCCCCAUCCCCGUCCACGUCAGCAGGUUCGCCAUUAGAAGUCAGCAUCAGCAGCUGGAGCAGGCCCGACCCUGA